AUCUACAAUAAUGUUGUGAGAGUGUGUGUACGGAUACGUGUGUAUGUCUCGUGUUAAUUUUAGAAAAUUUCCUCAAAUAAAAUUCAUUUCAAUUCAGUCACUGGUGGCAAACGGGUGAAGUUAUUUUUAAAUAGCGCAACGUUGUUUUGUAUGAAAUAAAAUUCAAAUUAACAAAAAAAAAGAAGAAAAAAGUGAAUGAAUUUAAAUAAUUUUUGUAAUACAGAAAAAAAAUGUACAUACCUAGUUAAAUAUUUUUUAUAAAUUUAAAAAAAAAAUUGAAUUGAAAUUAAAAGAAAAAACGUGAAAAAGGUUGUGAAUUACAAAAAAUACAAGUAAAAAACGUGAAAAUUCCUAAGAGAGAAGAAAGAAAGAAAAAAAGUAGAAUUGUUUGUACGUGUUUAAAGUUUAACAGACCAGAAAACACGUUUCAGUCUCAUGAAAAUAUAAAAUAAAUAUUAAAUAAUUUUAAUUAAAAAGAAAUCAAGGUUUUAAAAGACAAAAUAUUACAAAAAACAGGUGUUUUAAAUUUAUUUUUAAAUUAAUAAAUGAAAACAAAGUUAAGGAAUUACAAAAAAAACCGGGCGGUGCCUAGUGUAAAGUAAAAAAAAAAUUAUAAAAAAUAUACAAUUAAUAAAUAAAAGAAAAAUCAACAGCAACAACAACAACAAUAGCAGCAGCUCUACAAACGCAACAACAACAAGCAUAUAAAACGCAUGGAAAAUUCCAAAAGUUUAAAUACAUAUUUCACAAGUAAACAAGUUUUUUUAUUAAUAAAACAACAACAACAGCAGCAACAACACAAACAUAAAAAUAAAUAAAAUAAACACAAAAAUAUACAGUGUUAAUAAAAAUUUAAAGAAAGAAAAAAAAUUAAAUGCUCACGUUUUUAAAGCAUUAAUUUUGGUUGGUGUAACAAAGAAAAAAUUCACAAAAAUUUAAUUUCGAAAUCAAAUAAUAAUAAAAAAAAAGUUGAAAAAGAGCAUACAACAAUAGCAACAACAAAAUCAGCACACAUACACAAUUAAUUUCGUGUGGACUUUGGUAUUUUUUUUUUUUUUUUUUCUAAAUGGUAUCGAUGUGUGUAGUAGAAAUAUCUAGUGAAUAAAUACGAAAAAAAUACAGUGAGAGUUUGCUUAACAAAAAAAAAAAAACCAACAACGAAAACGUUUUUUUUUCGUUUUAUAAUUGUUUGCUCUCAACGCGUAAGUGUCUUGUUUUAUUCUCUCAGUGUAAGAGUAACUGUGUGUGCAGGUGUGUAAUGUAAGUUGGUCGUGUGCACACAAUAUACAAAUAAACAUACAUACGUGAGAGAGUGUUAUAAGCGAACGAAUAGUGUUACGCGUGCAAGUUACAACGUAAGAAUUUCACUGAAAAAAAUCAUUAGAAAAACAAACGACAAAUUACACCUGUCUUUAUAAUAAAUUAAAAGAAAGUUUUAGCAACUACAAAAAAUCAGUGUAAAGCAUUUAAAUUAAAGAAAAUUUAUCAUAAAAAAAUUCAUCAAAAAUUCCCACCUUUUUGAAAAAAGCAAAGAAAUUAAUCACAACCCCAUAAAAUCAAACGUGUUCAAUGUCUUAACUAAAUUACCGUAAUUACUAACUGUUGCUCUCCUUAACUCUCAAUUUUAACGGUUAAACUCUGAGCUCUAGUGUUAUUCCUUAAAACAAAAACAAAUUAAAAAAAAAACACAAGGCAGCCAGACAUACAAACAUAAAUAUUGUUUGUCUCAGUUUCAAUUUUACUCUCCACAAAACAACAACCUGUUUGAGUGUAUAUUUCUAAAAUUGUUUUGUACUGUGUUUAAUAAUAAAAAAAAACCUCUAAAAAAUAACAAAAUUUUUUAAAAACUUAUUUAACAACAAAAAAAAAAACCAUCAACAUUCCACCACAACAGCAAAUUGUUUUAAAAGCUUCUACGCUGCCGCCAACAAUUACAUCCUGUUCAUUAGCAACUCCUGUUUUAGGUUCAAAACAUACUACUUUCUUCUUAACAUCAACAUCAUCAGCACCCACUUUAUUGUCGUCAUUGACGUUGAACCUUAGUGAUAUUUCGGGCCCACGCUAUAACAACAACAGCAACAUCAUUGAGAAGCAAACGAUUAUUAGCAGGCGUCAGAAAAUUAAAAACGAAAUUAUGGAACCGUAUUGGAGCGAAGCAAAUGGACAUGCUCCACACUCGGUGAAGUAUGAGAAUGAGGCAGCAGUAUCCAGUUUUCCUUAUUGUACAGAAUCUAGUUUAAAUUUUUCAACAAAUGCCACCGCCUACAGCGAGGAUGAUGCAGAAUAUGCCACCGGAAGACGUAAUAAAACCUCGAGGCAAGAUCCGUUGUCACAUCGUAUUAUUGAAAAGAGACGACGAGAUCGGAUGAAUUCAUGUUUGGCCGAUUUGUCACGCCUAAUCCCACCGCAAUAUCAACGUAAAGGGCGUGGUCGUAUUGAAAAAACUGAAAUCAUUGAAAUGGCCAUACGUCAUCUGAAACAUUUACAAAGUGAAUGCCUGCAGAAGGACAAUGAAUAUCGUAUGGGCUAUACGGAUUGUAUGAAAGAGGCGGCAAAAUUUCUAUACGAUAGUCAAAUGCAAGAAUUCUGCUAUCGUCUAUUGGCACGCCUACAGGAACAUUGUGAUGAGAUCAUGAAAAAUGAUUGUUUCCGUAAUCGUGGCGGUUGUCAUGCGUCCGAUAAUGUAAGUGCUUCUAGUGGUAGUCCACAUCAAACGUUUCAUCCGGUGCCACCCUUAUGCCAAUUACGUGAUAUGUUGGGUACUUCCGACAUUGAGCACAGUAACGAUCACAAUGAUGUAAAAGAUCUCAGUUUUCGCAAUCACAUUAAUCAAUUGCAGCGCAAUGUUAAUGUCACCCAAAUGGAUACGAAUGCCAAUGAUGGUCAUGGCAUUGCCAGUGUAACUAAUAAUACAAACAAUAACAUUUCUAGUAAUUCUACUACAACGGCUUCGACAGUUACUGCUAAUAAUCCCACAAGUUCGUCAACAACGUCUGGUAAUUUGAGUGUUAGUUCAGCGGCACAGCAGCAACCACAACAACAGCCUCAUCAAGCUCCCGUUAUUACCUCAACUGCUCCAGCUUCCCUGCAUCAUCACACAGACUCUAGUAAUCAUGAUUUCGAUUCUUCCCGAGAGCCCAUACUACACACUGAUACUUCAAAUAUGCAUUCACCACCCCCGCGCGAUACACUACUCUCCAGCCAUCAUCAUCAUCACCAUCAUCUCAAUAAUACACAUGCUCACUUGGGCCAUCACCAGGACAGCAUGCUGCAGGGACGUUUACGCAAUUACUCCGAGUCAUCGCAUGAUAUUGAGCACAACAAUAACUACAAGUACAAAAAUCACAUUAAGGAACGUUUCAAUCAUGAACUGCACGACGAGGAGACAUCCAGUGAACACGGUCCUGCCCCGCCUUUAUUGCAAAGCGAAAAUUCACAUGCCCAUUCCGAACAUUCUAAGGAUGGCACUGAGCCCGAGAUUGCACCCAUUAUUGCCAAAAAACGUAAAUUGGCUGAAGCUGCCAGCAGUCACAAUGACAGCACUACCGAUGAUGCAGAUGUACGUGUCGCUCCCUCCUCAAGAACCAACAACAUCAACCUGUUGAAUUCAGUGACCAGAGAUGAGAAGCCCUUUGGACCUUUUAGUGACAUUAAAACUGAGGCCUCCACCGGUCCGCUCAUACACAAUAAAACCCAUUUAAGUGCUCCCACCAGUACCACCGCCCCACUGCCGGCUCGUAGCUUUGCUGUGCCCAUCUUUGCUCUACACAGCCAAGGCACCUAUUAUGUGCCCCUCAAUGUGGACUACAAUGUACUGAUACCCUUCCUCAAUGGUGUCGAUUUAUUGGAAAAGAAUUUUACCUCAAUGCCUGUGGUGCAUCCCAUUAAUAUUAAUGUCAACUUCAUGCCCACCACCUCAGCUUCUCUCUUGGCUGUGGCUGCAGCAGCAGUGGCGGCCGGUAAGCAACAGCAGCAACAACAACAACAGCAAUCGUCCACAGUACUAAAUGGUUCUGUGGCCACAGCAGCCGCCAAUGCAGUGGCUGCGGUAGCUAAAGCCAAAUUUGAAGCCAUAACAAAUGUUGCAAACGGUUGGUGAAUAAAAUAUUUAAAUGCAUUAUUUUUUCUUAUAGAGAAAAUAAAAAAAUCAUAACUCAACAAAUUGAAUACGAAUUUCAAUUCAAUUUUAUUCAUAUUUUCACUGGAAAAAGCCACACCAUCACCAACUACUGGGCUGGGCAGCUUCUCCAAAUAAUAUCGAAAAUUGAAUUGAAUUUUUUUUUUUUACAAAAAACUACCACAACAAACUAAUAUUAUUAGUAACACUAAAUAGAAAAACAUGAAAAUGAAAUGGAACUACCUCAGAAUGCUGUGAAAAUAAUCAUAUAAUGGUUUUUUAUAGCUAGAAUCUAAAAAGGAAGGUACAUAUUGUAUGUAUUUGAAACACACAAACAAAAAAAACUCUAAAAUAUUCAAUUAUACUCUAACUCCUUACUACAAUGGGCGUUAAUAUGCCAUUGCAAAAUCGCUUGGUAGACCAUAUUUUGCAAUUGUAGCGAAGUAUAAUAAAAUGAUUUAAAAACUAUUUUUAUCUCUUUUUCAUCAUGUUUUUGAUGUGGUUCUAUAAAAUACAAUUAAAAUAUGGCUACUAAAAAGAUUCAUUCAUAUGGUCCGUUCGAUUGAUUUUGAGAUAUUGCUAAAACUAGAAUUUGUCACUUUUGAAUAAAAAGAAAAAUUGAUAAAUUUUUGUUUUUGAUGACAUGUUUAUAAACAUUGUUGCGGACACUUUGCUUCUUAAAGCUCUAAGUUGCAAUAUAACGUUUUAAAGAGAUUUUUUUUGAUUGAUCAAUUAAAAACGUUAAGAAAAAUCCUCCUGUAAGUUUGGCAUUUAUCAAAGUAAAUUAAUAAAGUAGCGACACGAGUUGUUGUACAACAAACGUCUACAAAAACCACAGGCAAUUUGUUUUUGUUCGAAAUACUCACUUGUCAAAAUUUGUUUACAAAAAUGAACCAAUAAUUAAUGGAAAAUAUGGCAUUAUUGUUGUACUUUCCAAAAAUAUGUUGUUAUUUAUAUUAAAAGUCACAGAGUUUUCUUUAUUUUUUAAAAAUUAGAACAUUUUUAAAAAUAUUAUACACUUAAAAUACACUUUUUCACAUUAAAUACAACAAAUUACUCAGAAAUUUGUACAAAAGCAAGCGUUAAAAUGAAAACAAAUAUGGCAACAUAAACAUUUUUGACAAGUAAGUCCACAAAUAGCAAGUUUAAAAAAAAUAGUCAGCUGUUCAAAUGAGUUUACUUUAUAAAUUUACUUUGGCAUUAAUGACGUUUUUAAACAUGGCGGCAUAAACAUAAAGCUAUCACAAUGUUUCUGUUUAAAUUAUUAUUGAUUGAUCAAUAAUCUAUUGCUAUUUUAACACGUUAGAAGAUCCUAAAAGUGACAGUUGCAAAGUUAAAGGCGCUUUUAAUUUACACCAUUUUGAAAACGGUGCUAAAGCUAAAACACGAGCGUAGGCCGGAUCUACUAUGUGCAAGUUUUUAGAAAAUGUUUUUAAAUAUUCGUUUAGAUUUUCUAAGAAUACGACUGAAAUUAACUUUAAGCUGGAAAAAAACUUUCAAAAUUUUAAUAGCGUUUACACAAAUACAAAUAUUUUUAUAAAAGAAAAGAAAAAAAUGUUUCAAUAAAACCACCGAUUUUGUUUAUUUAUUCAAUAAAACUAAAGAUUUGGCAUUUAGUGUAAACGCUGUUAAAAUGUUAAUGUUUUUCUAAAUAUGGCAAAUAAUUUAAUUAAAUAAUUACUAAUUCUCUAAAGAAAUGUAUUUAAAAAAAGAAUUAAACAAAUUCGGCUGGGCCGAAUCUAAUAAUACCCUCUACCUAUUUACAAUGUGAAAUAUAUUUAAGUUUUAAGCAAAAUUUUAAAAUUUAAGUAGCUAAACCUAGAUUAUUUGUCAAGUUUAACAGUUUUCUUUUAUAUUAAAACGUUUUUUCGCUGUUUGGUUUAUUUAUUUAGCUAGAAUGUUGGUUCAAACUGUUUUCAAAUCUGUGGAUCCAACAAGACUGAUUAAAAAUAAAUAGAAAUUUGCCAAAUGGUGCAGACAUUAUAGUAGGUAAAGGGUAUUUUGUAAUCCAAAAAGAUUGAAAAAAUGUUGAAGAUUUCAAAUAUCAACUAUAUAAUUGAAAUUUUAAUAAAAUUCAAUAUUAAUUAAUUAAACAUAAGCUAUAAGUUUUUUUUGUUAUAAAAAAAUGUUCAAUAAAUUAGUUUAUGCUUUGUACCUGUUUAAAAAAAAAAGUACUAUUUAAAAUAAUA